AUACAAAAUGGAUAACAAUCCUUGAAUAUAAAGGAAUAUAUUGAAUAUAAAGGACUUUUUCCAAUGAUUGCAAAUUACUUUAUUAAAGAUUUACAAGCGAUUUUUUGCUUGGUUGCAAAUAAAAGACAAAGAAAUCAUUAGUAUUUUAAAACUUCAUGCUGGUGUUGAUAGAAAACUGUCAGAAGCCACAGUGCGUUGCAGUUUGUUGUGUAUGUGAGUCUGGAUAGCUAGAGACCAGCUAGCUGGUCCAUAGGUCAUAAUAUUGUGCCUGUUUAUUAUAUACUAUGAUUUUUUUUUUGUUUACAUUUGAGAGACACUUGACCGAAGGUUUCCCUCAUGAUCUUUAAAACAUAUAAAUGAAGGAUGUCAAGUUGAUGAUCCACCAAAGAAUGAUACAAAUCCAAAGAAUGGGGCCCAAGUACAAUAAAGUUACUGUAUACCUAUGAAUCCCCUAAACUUCUUUGUUUUGAUUUUUCCUAGAUACUGAGAACAAAGAUCCAUUCUUUCAAGAUGUUUAUGGGAACACCUCAUGAUAGCAGUUCACCCUCUCCCAUCCAAGCAAACAGUCCAGAGCCUAAAAGUCCAGUUUCUGAGUCAGAUUGUCCUUCAUCUUCUCUUCCACAUCAUUCACUUCCCUGCUGGGCAACCCAGGCACAUAGUGAUCUCGCCCAGGCCAAGGAAGAGUUACGUCAGAUUCAGGUCCGUCAUGCAACCGAGAUUGAAACAGUUAAUCGAGGUGUGGAACGAGCAAUCCUUGGAGCACGUAGAGAGGAGCGGCGCCUACUGGAGAGGGUGGAGCAGGACCAUCGAGACACUCAGCAACGCUUGGAGCAAGUCCAGAGGGAGAAUAUAGCAGCUGCAAGGGUCAGCCAGUCUCUUUUGGAGCAACGGCUUGAGAAAAUGGUUCAGCUUCAACAACGACUCCAGACAGUGGGUCAGUCUGUUCUAUCUAAAAAUGGAACAAGCAAAAACCCCUUACUAAAUGAAAUUUCAGACUUUCUACAACCUUGGGAAAUCUCUGUUUCACUUAAGAAAGUGAAUUUCAAGCCGAGCUCCCAACCUAAUGCCGUAACCUUUGGAGACAUUCGAGUGCAAGAGCAAAAUCUGUGUCUGAAUGUUGGAGGCUGUGGGCCUCAUGGAAAGCUGUGUGCUCUACAUUCAAAGGAGAUACAUUGCGAAGACACAAACGAUCAAAGUUGUAGAGAAGAAAACGGCACACGAGGACAGGGCUGGACAUCCCCAACAGGCAGGGUGGUCAGAAGAAUCAACCUCUUAAACCAAAAUGCUCUAGAGUCAGAGGAAGGCCAGAAUCUCUCUUCUACAAAGAUACAUCACUGGCUCCCUAAAUGUGAAGAGUUUGACUGGGAAACUUCCCAAGUUGAUAAGAUGGAUACAAGUUGCUUUGAGUUACAAGGUGAAGACGUAUUUCUGGCUGUCCCUUCUGCUCUUAAAAGUAGGGACAUCAAAGCAAAGGACACAGUAUCCAGGAUGAACAUUGAUGGGGAUCAUUGCUCUCCCAUUAAAUCAGAGAAAAAUGCUUUCUGUGGCCACUAGUAGAAAAUCAUCUCCUGAACGAAGACAAGAGUCUGCUAAGAUGAGUCAUUGCUUGAGUCUAGAAAGCUGGGGUGGACCUAAAGGAAAAGGGAGUCUUGAUUCCAGUAGUAGACCUUUGCAAUAUGGUAGCAGUACCCUAACAUCUCCAAAGAUGACUUCAAGAGAUCAUUUGGUCAGUCAAAGCUGUCUAGAUGUCACCUCAAAAGUGAGAUCUCACUCCCGUCUCAGCCAGUCUUCUGAUGAACACUCUUUAGGGACGCUGGGGGAUUCUGGCCGUGCACCAUCUCCAGCAGAUAGCCUUGACUCAACCUAUACUUUUAUUGUAAGCCCAUCAAAUGACCUCAGUUUGAACAAAGGCUCUUUGAAACAUAGUUUUCACCUAUCCAAGUCGGCAGUAGACUUAACACAUAAGACAAGGCCGUUGAUUAGUAGCGCUACAAAUAAGCAAGAAUUGUGCAGAGUAAAGAGUGGUAACCUCAGCUCCAUGAUGAGCUCCACCUCAGCUUCCCCAGCUCCGAGUAGAGGAUUCAGGGUUUUUGAAAGGAGUCAGAUCCUCUCAUACCCUAACGACGUAGGCCGUAACGUCCUGCCACAGUCAAAGAAAAACGCCACAACAACUGGACUGAAACAAGGCUCUGUAGUUAGGUCACUGUCCUUGUCAGUCAUAGAUGGUUCCUCUCAAGAGCAAAAGAGAGGUAGGGGGGAAUUAGGAGAACCUACCCUGGUGGAGUUAGAGGAAGAGGUUGAUCCAUUGUUUAUGGAGUUCAACGCGAGCGGUGUUCAUCUCACUCGGCAGUUUGGGAGGCAGGGUUCAGGCCGGGCUGACCUUACUCUGCCAAGUGGUAUCCAUGCCACACCACAAGGGCAACUCUUUAUAGUUGACUGUGGAAAUGCACGUGUCCAGGUGACUGAUCCUCAAGGAAACGUCCUUCAGCAAGUGACCUCUCCGAACAUCAGCGGCUCCUCCAGACGAUGUCGAAACUACUUUGACAUUGCUGUCAAUGCCAAGGGUCUGAUUGCCUUAAGCUGUGCCGCAGAAAGAGCUUUGCUUGUGUUCAGCCGACACGGUCGUCUGCUUCAGACCUUUGGGGGAUCAGGGUUGGCCUCUGCGAAAGAUGAACUGGAAGCUCCCAGAGGGGUGACUGUAACCAGACUAGAUGAAUUUUUGGUUGCAGAUAUAAGAAAAGGUACACUCAUUGCUCUGAAGCUUGAUCCAAAAACAGGCUCCAGGCUGGAACGUACAGUGGUGACCGGAUUCCACAGGCCUUACUUAGUGGCAGCCUGUUUAAACUCAGGCAUGGUAGUCGUGUCUGAAAGGGGCAACGAAACAGGACGCGUGCCUUGCAUCAAAGUGCUGGAGCCAGGGUGGAACACAGUGAGAGUUCUUGGUGUAUGUGCUGGUAUGGGACCAGUCCUUACAUGUCCCUGGGGCAUAUGCAUAGAUAAAGACAGCAAUAUCUUAGUUGCAGACUGGGGAGAGCAGCACAGAAUUGUGUUGUACCCCACUCAGGGCGUCGGCUGGCCCAUUGUGAACCAGGGCUUGAGUAGUCCACGUGGCUUGACCUUGCUACCGGACGGGCAACUGGCCGUGUCAGACAGCAUGCAUCACUGCAUUAAGAUUUACAAGUAUAAAGGGUCACAUGACUAAAUCAGCUUUGUUGACAUUUUAAAAGUGGGUUUAGCAAACUGUGUGGUUGAACAAUUACAUCUAAAAAGUGUGUUUAGUAAGAAUUACAGUUUGGUUCAUGUUACUGUGGACAUGCGAGUAGAGUUGGAUGCAUCUGUAAGGAUGAAACUGUGCCUGUACAGUUUGACGGAUGAUACAGUAUAAUUAGGUGUUUACUGAAAAAUUAUUAUUAU